UAAUGAGGUUGAGUUUAGUGUUUGGCUGUAGUCAGUCAGCAGCCCCGUUAGGGGGCGCAGAGGAGCACCUUCGCUUUCCCUUUGUAGGGGACACCUUCAGAGCUGCUGGUGCUUUCCUGGUGAAAUGUGGCUUUGUACAAAUAUAACAAUUGAGUUAACGUUCUGAGUAUUGGGAGGGUAGCUCUCGUGUCGUGAUACGAGUGCCUUCAAGGGCAGCAUUUGGUCAAGAGAAGAUUUCCUUCAGGAGUAGCUGAGGGUGGGAUGUGCCUUGUGGGGGAGGAACUUUGUUGAAGGUUGGAGCAGAAAUUGGGGAAUGAGCAGUGUCUGUGAGCACACGGUUCCCGAGUGACUGAGCCUCCCCCAUGGCUGGGUGCGGGAUGCCCGAGGACCUGGCCACGCUCUCCGAGCUGGACGAGAGCGUUCUCCUGGAGGUGCUGAGCACCAGAUUCCGGCAUGAUCACGUUUAUACUUAUGUUGGAGAUAUUCUCAUAGCCAUCAAUCCGCUCAAGUACUUACCCUUGUAUGAAAAGUCGGAAGCUGAAAAAUACAAAAGCUGUUCAAAAAGCAACCUACCACCUCACAUUUUUGCAGUGGCUGAUCGUGCGUAUCAAUCAAUGUUAGGACGCUUAGCCACUGGCCCCAAGAACCAAUGUAUCGUUAUCAGUGGGGAAAGUGGCGCUGGCAAAACUGAAAGCACCAAGCUCUUACUGCGACAGAUCAUGGAGCUCUGCAAAGGAAAUUCGCAGUUAGAACGGCAGAUUCUUCAGGUGAAUCCACUUCUGGAAGCUUUUGGAAAUGCCCAGACUGUGAUGAAUGAUAAUAGCAGUAGAUUUGGGAAAUACAUUCAACUGCGAUUUCGCAACACUGCAGUGAAAGGUGCUAAAAUCAAUGAAUACCUCUUGGAGAAAUCCCGGGUUGUACAUCAGGAUGAAGGCGAGAGAAACUUUCAUAUAUUCUACUAUAUGUUUGCUGGAAUAUCUGCUGCUGACCAGGAAGUUUAUGGUCUCUUGGACCCAACGUUUUACAGGUACUUAAAUCACAAAUAUGGUGCAGUGGAAACCAUCAAGCAAUGGAGCAAGAAAUAUAAUGAAGUGUGCAAUGCCCUGGAUAUGGUUGGCUUUUUAGAGCAGGAGCAGGUCGACAUGAUGACAAUACUGGCAGGAAUCCUGUCAUUGGGCAAUAUCAUUUAUGAGCCUCAAGAGAAUGGAAUCCUUAAAGUAACAGAUCAGUCAAAGGGAUGGCUGAAAGCUGCAGCAGGUCAGUUUGGUGUUGAGGAGGAAGAACUGUUAAAGUGCUUGAUUUGCACAAUGGCAGUAACUCGAGGCGAAUCCAUUCAACGGUAUCACAGCAAGCAGCAAGCUGAAGAUGCCAGAGACUCUAUUGCUAAAGUUGCUUAUGGCCGAGUGUUUGGUUGGAUAGUCAGCAAAGUCAACCAGCUUCUGGCUCCAAAGGAAGAUGUGUGUACUACAGAACUCCAGGAGAUAGGUAUACUAGAUAUUUUUGGAUUUGAAAACUUUGCAGUGAACCGAUAUGAACAGAUGUGUAUUAACUUGGCAAAUGAACAGCUUCAGUAUUUCUUCAAUCAUCACAUAUUUAUAAUGCAGCAAAAGGAGUACAAGGAAGAAGGACUUGAGUGGGAAACUAUAACUUAUAAGGACAACAAAUCAAUAUUGGAUCUUUUUUUAGCAAGACCCCUUGGUGUGUUUUCUCUGUUGGAUGAACAAAGUGCAUUUCCGCAGGCCACUGACAAGACUUUUGUGGACAAACUAAAUAGCAGUUUCAAAGGGAAUCCACACUUCAAAAUAGAUAGAAGUCGUACUCCAGGAUUUACAGUGAUACAUUAUGCUGGGAAGAUCCAGUACAAUGCAUCUGGGUUUCUGGAGAAAAACAGAGACACCAUCCCAGCAAGUAUUCGAGGGCUGUUCAUUAAUAGUAUAACUCCACUGCUAAGUGUACUUUUUGCAGCUACAGUCUCAAGAACAGGAACCUUAAUGGCUCAGCAAAGACCAAAAAAAACAGAAGACAACUUUAACAGCACCAGGAAACAAUCUGUUGGAGCACAGUUCAAACAUUCUUUAGCAGUGCUGAUGGAGAAAAUGUUUGCAGCAAACCCACAUUUCAUUCGUUGUGUCAAGCCAAACAUCAAUAAGUUGCCUGAUCAUCUGGACAGUAAACUUUUCAUGGAUCAGCUACGAUAUAAUGGAUUAUUGGAAACCAUCCGAAUUCGUAAAGAUGGAUAUUCGUGGAGACCAUUCUUUAAGGAAUUUGCAGAAAGAUAUGGGAUACUGCUUAUUACACCCAAUAUAUCACUUACUAAAGAAAGUUGCUUAGCUAUUCUUCAAACCACAGGCCUGAAGGACUGGAAGUCUGGAAAAUCCCGUUUAUUCUUUAAAUACUGGCAUCAGGAUGAGUUGGCAAAGUGCAUAGAAAAACUUGAAAAGGCGGCAAUAAUUAUCCAGAAAAGCUACAAAAGGUUUCACUGUCAAAGCAAAUAUAAAAUUUUAUUGGCUGAGCUACAAAACCAGCGUCAGUUGGAAUUGGAAAGACAGAUUGAAGAAAGACGGCAAAUGGAAUUGGAACAAGAAAUGGAGAGAAAGAAACAGGAAAUGGAAUGGAAGAAUGAAAGAACAACAACUCCUCCAAUUCCACUCCCAAGGAAGAAGAAGCCUCUCCCACGACCUCGUUCUGUAGCUGUGGAUAAAUUUCGAAAUGCUGUCCAGCCUCCUGUUCCCAGACCCCGGAGUAAGUUGGUGGAGGCAACACCGUUUGAUAAUUCUCGAGACCACAUGAACAGCAGCUGGUCACAGGAACAAGCCGAUAAGGAGCACCAAAUCAACCAGAAAAGAGCCACAAUUCGUUGGUUCAAAGAGACUCAAGCUCGAAAAGUCAUUCAGAAUGGUACUUUCCCAUGCUGGUUCCAUGGGAUGAUUACACGGAGAGAAAGUGAAGAUUUGUUGGCAAACCAGCCUUUAGGCUGCUUCCUUAUUCGUGUCAGUGGAAGUAGAGAAGGAUACACACUGACAUUUCGAGGUAUAGAUCGGUGCCGACACUAUAUGAUUGAAAUGCAACCUAAUGGGAGGUAUGUCAUACUGGGAGAAGAUAAGGCCCACCCAUCACUACCAGACUUAGUGGACUAUUAUAAAACUGUUGGAAUUCAGCCAUUUAUGGAAGUUCUCACUAUGCCUUGUGGUCAAAAAUGUGACCAUGAGACAGAUUAUGAAGAGCUUAGAAACUUUUCAGUGAAAACCAACCCACAAGAAAAAUUAAGUUCUGGUACUGCAGCUGAUGGCUCAACUCAUGACCGAGUGCACAAUGAGCUGUCUAAGCUUUUUGUACCACCUGACUUGCCGUUGUCACUCCAACCUGAAAUGUCUCCGGUGAUGAGAAAGAUCACAGACAGAAAGCUUCAAGCUGCUUCUUCAGGCAGAUCGGCUGCGAUUAAUUCCGAGAAUGGGAUUGAGGAUGAGCACCAAGGAGGCAAACGCACAUUCCCAAGGCUGUACCCUUCAAUACGCUUGGCAAUGAGGGAGAUUCAGCAAGUUCAUGAGCAACAGUCUACACUUCAUGGCCCUAACAGUGGCGAGGAAUUUGUACCAGAGCUCCCUCCCAAGCAGUUUAAGGAGCAUCACAGAACUCCAUUACCAGGAUCAGAACACUACAAUAAGAAAUAAAUGGCUGAAGACUUCGUGUGUGUGUCAGCAUGUGGCCGAAGAGAGAUGAUACUUCUGACGUGCUUAACGCUACAAAAUAAAACCCUUCUAUUUCUCUAAGAUAAUAAGAUAUCUUGACCUAUGUGUGCAGGGUAAAUGUUGUACUGUCUCCAAUGACUAUUUUGCACAAUUUUAUUUUUGAAUAGUUUUUUCACAUUACAAGAUAUUGUCAAUAAUUGCAAAAAAGCUGCCAAUUAUGAAAUGUUUAUAUUUUCACUCCAUUCAUGUUCUGUAAUUAGCUUUUUUUUUGUACACCAGUGAUCUGUUUUCUAAUAUGUAUGCAGGAAAAUAAUUUGUACAACUAUUAAAAAUGAUUGUGAGAAUCAA